AUUAUGCCACGUAGUGUAUUAGUAUUUGGUCAAUCUAACAGUAUUCUUAUCCUAUGUUUGUCACCCAGAUUUAUCAGUGAUAAUAAGUUACCAUAUUUUCCUCAUGCUCUAUUUGAAGGGGAAUCCUAUACAAGUUUGCGAUAUCUACAUGCUGAUCAUAAUGACAUCAGUAACAUGACUACUUACUCUGAUGACCAAUACACAGCUACAAAUUUAGUGUACUAUAAUACGAAGAAGUACAACGUGGAACUCUUUGGAACAGCACGUUAUUUACAAGAAUUAUACUUACAUGAAAACCAGAUUGAAAAGAUUGAGUCAGAGGCUUUCAUCGGAACGGUUGGAUACCUAUAUCUGCGUAGAAAUAAAAUUGAAAUUAUUGAGUCAGAAGCAUUCACUGGAUCGUUUCGAAUUUACCUGUACUCUAACUUAAUCAGAACUAUUAACAGUCCAAUGUUUGGGAGUGGAUCAACAGCGUACAUAUUAGAUCUGCAUGACAACAAGAUUUCGAAAUUGACUGCUGAUGUCUUCACAGGGGUGAACAUCGAGUAUCGUCUAUAUCUUCACAACAAUAUACUUAGAUGGUAUCCUGUCGCUGCAUUGUCAAAUCAGAACUUACAAGAGAUAACACUAUCUGAUAAUCAAAUCACUACAAUACCCAAUUCAGCCUUCACAGCACAGUCCAAUUUGCGAAAACUUUACUUGGAUAAUAAUCUAAUGGCUGAGCUUCAAGAUGGCGUCUUUGAUGGUCUGAAUAAUUUAGAGACACU